AUGCAGGAUAUACAUUCAGACACUGAAGAAGAGCCCCCGAAGGAAGCGGCUAUGGUGGACGUGUUGACACCGACGGCGAGUCACGAUGGGGCGACUGUCGUCACUUCAAUGGCGACGGAUGCGUCAUCAAUACCGACAGCAUCUCGCAUUGGUCGAAUUGCGGUAGACGCGUUGAUGAUGCCAGCGGCAAAUAGGGAUCUGGCGACGAUCAGUUGCAGUCGUGAACACAUCGUCGCCUCAACCCCUGAACAGAGACUGGAGGACGGCGUGGUGCGCAACACUCCGCGCCUCGAGCGCCGCAACGCGCGUCGAGCAACGCCCCGUACGCUCGUGCCGCCAGCCGAUUCAGCCACCCCGCAAGAAGAUGCCAUGAUGGCGGCUUUAAGGGAGGGAGCCUAA